AGUACUUUGCAGACUGUCAAACGGAGAGAGUAUCCAUUUCAGCAAGGGGGAUGUAAUUCAGAACUUGAACCUGAAGUGCAUUGGUAAGAAUAACCUACAGAUAAGGAUAUCUGGUUUUAUGACAGUCACUGAAGAACUUGGAAUCUACUAAAAAGUCCCAAAGAAAGUGUUCUCCAUAGUCCAGGCAUAAGCAGAUCUCCAGCAGCUCAGUGAAAGCCUCAAACAUUGUUCCAGGGAAGGAUGGAGACUUUGCAGGCUACUUUCUUUUUGUUUGUGCUUGUACCUUUGGUAAGUCCAGCACCACCUCUACAGCAACAACCAUUCCAGUUUGAGGAGUAUGACACAGAUGUUUCCAUGGGAAGCCUGAUCCAACAAGAUUAUGAAAUGCAAUCCAAGGAUAUAAUAAAGGAUGGAACAAAUGUUUCUCUUGACACUUCCCUAAGGCUGCAAGGGGACGACAGCCAACUGGAUGUGCCCCCAACAAAGGAUACAAACCUGCCCACGUGCCUGCUGUGUGUGUGCCUGAGCGGGUCCGUGUACUGCGAGGAGAUCGACAUCGAGGCCGUGCCCCCCCUGCCCAAGGAGACAGCUUAUCUGUAUGCAAGGUUCAACAAGAUCAAAAGGAUUGCAGCCUCAGAUUUUGCUGACAUUACUACCUUGAGAAGAAUUGAUUUUAGUGGAAACAGGAUAGAAGAAAUAGAAGAUGGAGCCUUCUCAAAGCUUCUGUUGUUGGAAGAACUUUCUCUUGCUGAAAAUCGACUUGUAAAACUUCCUGUUCUACCUCCCAAACUAACGACGUUUAACGCAAACCAAAACAGAAUCAAGAGCAGAGGAAUCAAAGCAAAUGCUUUCAAGAAGCUCACAAAUUUGGCCUACCUCUACUUGGGGCACAAUGCACUGGAAUCUGUUCCGCUGAACUUACCGGAGAGCCUGCGCAUUCUUCACCUUCAGUACAACAACAUCACCACCAUCACGGACGACACGUUCUGCAAGUCCAACAACACGCGGUACAUCCGCACGCGCAUGGACGAGAUCAGGAUGGAGGGCAACCCCAUCGUCCUGGCAAAGCACGUCAACGCCUUCUCCUGCCUGAGAAUGCUGCCCGUGGGCACGUACUACUAACCCUGCUUCUGCCACUGCACAGGCCACAACUCAGCCAUGCUAACAAAGGGUCCUCUCUUCCUCUGUUUACAAGCUCGGAUCCUCUCCCUCACUAAUGCUGUUUUCCCUGCACACCCAGAACCUUCUACGACACUGAAGUGUGGUUCUGCUCUGAAAUAACUAUUUCUAAACAGUCACUUUAUUCAGUAGUUGUGGUGUCACUGCUUUCAGAAUCUCUUCUGUUAACGAAAGUGUAAAAACAGGUAUAUGCACACACAUCUCAACCUUCACUUCAUCACGUACUCCUUUUGUGUAGGUAAAAUCACACAGUAACUGCUGGUUCACAUUCUUUGCCAGUAUUCAGAACAAUCACCACAUUUGACUUUCAGAUAAAUGCAGCACACUCUUGGAGCAAGCUACACAGGCAAAAUACUUCUUUUAAUUCCAAUGCCACUCUUUUAAUCUGAAAUGAAAUCUCUUCAGUUGCCCUUCAAAAGUGUAUCGGAUGAAGAUGCACACAAAAGAAAGUUAUGUUUAGAAACAGAACUUCUCAAAGGUUAAUUUCAUUAAAAAGUUUCCUUAAAAACUUGGUUUGUGAAAAAUGAAAACAAUUCCUAUUAAGGUUUAGUUCACCAAGCAAUAUAGCAACUGGAACUUUUCAAGGUUGUGUUAAAUCUCCUUCUACUGUUUUGCUUUGAAAAUCAUCUAAGAAUGUGUAUGUAUAAAAAUACAGGGUUUAUUUUUACACAGGGCGGUUUUAAGUGAAAUAUGUAAGUUUUGCUGAGCUGUUUUUGCAACACCAGUUUCCCAUUUUAACACAAUGGUCAAAGUCCAGCAUCGUAUGACUAUUAAUUAUGACUAAGGCUAUUAAUGAAUGAUGGAGACUGAGCCUUGUUCCACAGCUUUUCUUAAAGGAAAUGUGACAAUAUAAUUAACAGCAAGCUGAAUUCAUGUUUCUUACCUGUAAAUAAGUAUGAUUUCAGCUAGAUGUCAGUGAGAAGAAACAGAAUUAUCCUUGUACAACAAUAUUUCUGCUCAUUAGGGAAAAAUUAAAUCAGAUUUUCAAAUUAAAAAGAGAAGGUGAUUCUAUCACUAAUCUAAAAAAAAAAAAGUUAACUUCAAGUACCAUUUCACUCAACUACUUUAAACCAUGCAGUGUAUUAAAAACACAAAUUGAGUGUGCAGGCCUUGACAGUCAGUUUAUCUAAAACUAGACAUAAAUGAUAUAGGAACACAGUAUUUUUUAUUACACAACUAUAAACUUCUGACAUUGUUUCUCCCCUCAAAUACCUACCAGAGGUGUGAAUGCCAAAGGUGUGCUAGUUCCUAUUGCCACAUCAACUCUUAAGUUUGAAGCUAGUAUAGAUUCCUCAUUUGUAGAUAUAGUUAAGCAUCAAAUGCAUGAUGAUGUAUCAGUACAUCUAGAAUACUGAUUGUACAAGAUAUUUUGUAUUUUAUUUAUCUUAUUUAGCUAAGCCUUGAUUUGUUAGUGCUUGUGCUCUGGGGAAUUGAUGCCCACUUAAUUCUGCACACACUGAUGUUCUGUCACUCAGUGCUGAGGCUGAAGAGCCUUUCAGCCAGUUUUUAACUAACUUUGUCAAGCAUCAACUCGUCUUUCUGGAAAGAGGAUGCAACCAUGAAAUGCAGCACAAAAAUAUUUUUGAUCUGAACCCACUACCCAAGAAAGACACAGCAAUCCCCAAUAUUUUUCAUUUUAAGUUACUUGGUAUAACAAGAAAUUCCAUUGCCUUAAUACAACUGAGACCAAACCCGAAGUCUGACAGUAAUACUUGGUUUUAAUUUUUCCAAGUAAGUCAUAAAACUUUGAUGUUUCCAGGUUUUUAGCAAAAGCUGAAAAAUAACUCCCAAGCAUGUAAAAAACACAUUCCAAUUUCGAGCCAAAUUUAUACAGGGAAAAAACAAAAGCCACCAAUUCUCUCAUCCCUCUUAGGAUAAAAGCCUAAGAUGGAGAAAACACAGCUGGGUGUUUCCUCUAAGUUACAUAAGGAGUGGCCUCUGAUCUUUUUCUCAUCACAAAUCAUUAUUAUUAAGGGAAAAAAAAAAAAAAGAGCUCUUUCCAGUAUUAAUAGGAUCAGUCAAUAUCACCAAAACUCUUCCUAGGAAAACAAUUAGAAGUGUACACAUAAAAACAAGCAGAGUUUUGUAAUAGAUACACACAAGUAAACAUUCUGAGACCUAACACUGCCACAUCAUUCGACAUCAAAAUGUUGUAGGUAUUUUUGAAACGUGCUAAUUAUCACCAGUAAUGCUAAUUAAUACUCUUAAUACUUCGUAAGCAAACGAGAACACACAACUGGUACCUUCUGAAUGCCCAAUGAAGGCAGUAAGUUAUCUGAUGUGUUUUAAUUUCCUUUCCCCAUCCAUAGCAAGGUAAAUAAUCAAAACAAGAAGCGAGAAGGGCUUCAGCAGGGAGGAUUUUCACCUUCUAUUUGUGUGACCAGUACUAAUAUCAAGCUGAAUGUAUCAAGCUGAAUGUAAACCAUUCUAUUUUUUUCCUAUCACUCAUUUCUGUUCUGUAUUUCCAAUAAAACUUGAAUUUUUUUUUCUUGUUUAUCAGUAUCAGCUCCAACAAUCUGCUCUCCCAGCAUUGCCAACCUGUUUCAGUUGUUCAUCCUCACAGCAGAGGAAGAUCAGAAAAUUAUUUGCAGCUGUAACUCCAUUUGCAGACAUAAUAUUUAUUAUGACAAUACAGUGAGACCUGCCAUACAAAAUACUCGGGGGACACCUCCUUUACCCCUUCAAAAUCUAUUUGAAGCACUACCUUGACUUGUCAUUCAUCUCAAACAUUCAGUAUUAUCUGAAGUAUUCAGUCACUUCUACAUUAUUGAUGUCUUUUCAAGUAUGAAAACUAACAGGAAAGAAAGAAUUUGGUGUUUUUACACCAAAAGUAAAGUAUCAGAAACUCUCUAUUUCUACUUGUCAGCCUGGGUAAUUUUCUUUUAACUCUUCAAAAAGCUAUAAACCCAAGACUCCACCCCAAACAGUCUCUCCAGUGCAGUGUACAGUUACCUACCUGGAUAUUUGCAGUAGAGAGCAGGUUGGGGGAGGGUGGAAAUCAAUACAAAGAUUACAGACUCAUUUUUAAUGUUGUGUGAGUGUGAACAUUAACAGGAUAAGACUUUUCAGAUGUUUUUAUGCAUAUGGUAAAAACAUACCUCUAGUUCUUUCACACAAAUUAUUACAGAAUAUUAAGUUACAAAUACACAUUCUCCUUUGCAAUCUGGUUAUUUGAAUUGUCAGAGUUGAUCUUUGAAGCCUUUAUUAAUUCUCUUACCUGAGAAUGUCUUCUGUUUCUAAAUGAAAUGAUUAUUAAUGCUAGCAGAAAUAAGAAGGCCUAAAAAAACCCUCUUCAUAAACACUUAGGCAGUCAUACUUGGUAAAUAUUCUCCCAAAUUGCCUUUCUCAACAGCAUCCUUGUCCGUGGAAAUAAAAAUACCUUUAGAAAGAACAUCUGUAAUAUUGACAAACUUGUAAUAUGUCUUCAGAGAAUUUAUGUUCACACAUAUUUUAGCAAUUAAUAGAUCCCUUCAUUAUUUACACUCAACAUCUGAAAAAUAUUUUUAAAACUGCUUAUAUACACAACAAUUUUCUGUGAGUAAAAAUUAUCUCCAAACCUA